CUCUCUCUCUCUCUCUGUGUGUGCAAUUGCAGAGAGAGAAAACACAAUUCUCAGUCUUACCAGCUUAGCUGCAAAAGCCGUAGCAGCUAAGUCGGUUCCGGCCUCGACAGCCUAUAAAUAUAUGUAAAUCCAGUGUCGAUCGAACCAUCAUUCAUCAAUCUCUCUCUCAGACAAGCCCACUAGUAAAAGAAGAUGAAACCUGCAGCAUUCUCUUUUGUUCCUUUUCUUUUCCUUGUUCUUCUUCUUUUCCAAAGCCCACUUUCCUUAUCAUCAUCUGCAAAAGUCGAUGAAACUGAAACCGAUCCCUUCCUGUCUGCAACCCUCAAUUUCCCAAAAACACAAGCCCAAAAACUCAUCCGGGGCCUCAACUUAUUCCCCAGAAAUGACAUCAACAGAGGCGGCCUUCACGUCGAACCUCCAGCUGCUCCGCUGGUGGAAAAGCCUUUGAAGAUCCAUGUCCACGGCGAUCCUCGGACUUCUAUCCAGGACCUCGGCCACCAUGCUGGUUAUUAUCGCCUUCCCCAUACCAAAGAUGCAAGGAUGUUCUAUUUCUUUUUCGAAUCGCGACAUAGUAAGGAGGACCCGGUUGUUAUUUGGCUGACCGGAGGCCCCGGCUGCAGCAGUGAACUCGCCAUGUUCUAUGAGAACGGCCCUUUCCAUAUUGCCAACAACUCGUCGCUUGUCUGGAACGACUUUGGCUGGGACCAGGCAUCAAACCUUAUAUAUGUCGACCAGCCAACCGGAACUGGUUUCAGUUACAGUUCUGACCAAGAUGACAUUCGCCAUGACGAAAGAGGUGUCAGCAAUGAUCUCUAUGACUUCUUGCAGGCGUUCUUCAAACAGCAUCCGCAGUACGCGACGAACGACUUCUACAUAACCGGAGAAUCGUACGCCGGGCACUACAUUCCGGCGUUCGCUUCUCGGGUUCACAAAGGAAACAAAGGCAAAGAAGGAAUUCCCAUAAACCUCAAGGGAUUUGCCAUUGGUAAUGGGCUCACUGAUCCUGAAAUCCAGUACAAAGCUUACCCCGAUUAUGCUUUGGAAAUGGAAGUGAUCGAAAAGUCUGGUUACAACGUCGUCAGCCAGAUGGUUCCGCCAUGCGAAGAGGCGAUAAAACACUGUGGUGCCGACGGAGGAACUGCUUGCGCUUCUGCAUACAUGGCCUGCAACUCCAUAUUCAAUAAGAUCAUGGGUAUGGCCGGUGAUACCAAUUACUACGACAUCAGAAAGAAAUGUGUGGGGGACCUGUGCUACGACUUCUCGAGCAUGGAGAAUCUGCUGAACCAGAGAUGGGUCCGGGAUGCUCUCGGGGUUGGAGACAUCGAGUUUGUUUCGUGUAGCUCGACAGUGUACCAGGCGAUGACGCUGGACUGGAUGAGGAACCUGGAAGUUGGCAUUCCUGCACUUCUUGAAGACGGAAUCCAGCUGCUUGUGUAUGCUGGGGAGUAUGAUCUCAUAUGCAACUGGCUCGGGAAUUCAAGAUGGGUUCAUGCCAUGGAAUGGUCCGGCCAGAAAGAUUUUGUAGCUGCUCCAACAAUUCCAUUUGUAGUUGAUGGUGCCGAAAAAGGACUGCUAAAAGGCCAUGGCCCUCUUACUUUCCUUAAGGUGCAUGAUGCCGGUCACAUGGUGCCAAUGGAUCAACCAAGAGCUUCCCUAGAAAUGUUGAAGAGGUGGAUACAAGGCAAACUUUCUCCAACUAACUCAGAAGGCCGGCCUGUUCCUUUCUGAUCUCAACCCAAAGAAACCAGCACUUCAUCGGCAUUCGUCUUCCAUGCCCAACUUUACAUCUAGUGUGCAGGCCAAUUACCCAUAGCAUACAUGUUCCUGUGAGUAUCAGUGCUGUCCUGGCCAUUGCAUAAAGAUAUCGUUCAUAGAAAUGAACAAUGAGUGCGCCAUUCAAUAAGAAAAAUCUUCUCUUGUUCCUUUUUCUCAUUUUCUUGCCUAACGACACCAUUUCUUUUCCAGUGCCUAUGCCUGCUCUGUUGUUUAACCAAGUAUAUUAUAUAUAUAUAUAUCUAUAUAUAUUAUAUACAUAUAUAUUCAUGCAAUGGGUGACAAUGGUGAAGCAAUAAAA